AUGGGGUGCCUCAAUUUCCGGAAGAAGGAGAAGUCGAGCUUCUUCCGUCGGAUGACCACCGUCGGGUUCGGCUCGCCCGUCCACGGGAGACAUGUUAUGAGAGAAGUUAUCAUUGCGGCUCUGGCCUGCAAUAUCAAGGCCCUCAUCGGUGUCGACAUAAGCGCGAGUUUCCACGAGUGUUUCAAGAGACACGUCCGGCACGUCUACGACGACUUGAGGAAGAGGCAUUUGCUCUCACGCGAGGAGCUUGAUACAUUUAUGCGGGAAGCGCAGGGUGUCGAAAAUCUCUUCCUCGGGCCCAAGGACAACAGCGCGAUCAAGUUCGAGGAAUACAAGUUUGACGAAUUCUUUUGGCUUUGGAGCCAAAACGAGGCGGCCUGGCGAGCGACAGGAGAUAAAGAACUGGAAGAACUGGACACAUCGCUUCCAAUCAGCAACUACUUCAUCAGCAGUAGCCACAAUACCUACCUCGAAGGCAACCAGCUUUCGUCCAAAAGCUCUACGGAUGCUUACCGCGCCGUUUUGCUCAAUGGAUGUCGUUGUAUUGAAAUUGAUGUGUGGAAUGGAUCUCCUCCUAGAGCGCCCUCCAAGUCCCCCAAGCAGGCUCAUAAACGACAUUUUUCGUCCGGCUCCCUCCCACGAUUUGCCGGAGAAACGAUCGACGCAUUUGUUAGCACAAGAUUGAGCAGGAACCACAGCCGCAGCCCGAGCGCCGUACAGGCAGCGUUUCCAUCGCCAGAUCCACGAGAAAGCGGCACCACACUCGACCCAAAAGACCUCACCGAACAACUGAGCAAGUCGAGGGACUCCUCCCGGUCAAAUCAGAGAGCAGAGCCCGUAGUACACCACCACAACACCAUGACCUCGACUGUCGGCUUCCGCGAGGUGUGCCAGACCGUCCGUGAAAGCGCCUUCGAGAACAACCCUCUUCCCAUCAUCGUUAGCCUCGAGGUCGGCGCAGACAAGGAGCAGCAGGAGGUCAUGGUGGAGAUUAUGAAGGAGGAAUGGGCUGGCUUACUGCUAGAUGAACGGUUCGAUUUCUGCGACCCCACGAAACAGCAACCGCGGUUAGAAGACUUGCUGAACAAAAUCCUCAUCAAAACGAAACGACCGGAUAGCAACCGAGUAGAUGGAGAAGUGGAGAGAGGACGAAGCAACUCGAUUAUGAACGCGAAACCGCCGAUUUGCAAAGCCCUGGGAAAACUAGCAAUAUACACUCACAGCGAGCACUACGUCGACGAGACCUCCCUUAACAGCAGCACCCCCAGCCAUAUAUUUAGCGUGAGCGAAGACGCCUUCCUCUCGCUAACCGCAGACGAGUCCAAGCUCGACAAGCUACUCCGGCAUAACCGCGACUUCUUUAUGCGAAUUUACCCCAAGGGGAUCCGGGUAGACAGCAGUAACCCAGAUCCGAGCUUCCAUUGGCGCAGGGGCGCACAGAUGGUGGCCAUGAACUGGCAGAAAUCCGACGAGGGCAUGCUACUUAACGACGCCAUGUUUGCCGGCACCAAUGGCUGGAUUCUCAAACCCAGCUCCCUACGCGGCGCGACCAAUGUCGACACCGCUGAGAUGCUCACUAUGGCCAGCACAGCAACUAAAACCCUGGACCUCCAGAUCACUGUCCUGGCGGGUCAGUUCCUGCCUCUGCCCGAGGACCGGAAGAAAAGCCACGGGUUCGGUCUUUCGAGCGAUUGGAAGUUCAAACCCAAGGUCAAGAUUGAGUUGCAUAUUGAGAAGCCGAACAAGUCCAUGGACUUCUCAGGGGAGACGGAGCCCGGGCGGACGGAGCACCCAGACUGGGGUAAGAACCCCCCAAGCAUCGACUUCUUGGGCGUGCGGAAUGUCAUGGAAGAGUUGAGUUUCGUAAGAUUCAAAGUCGAAGACUGCUCCAGCAACUUCGGGGGCGGGGUCGUAGCUUGGGCUUGUGUCCGGCUGGACCGCCUCCGGAAAGGCUAUCGGUGCCUCGACCUCUUCCACCCAGUGACCCGUCGGCCCUGCGAGGGGAAAUUGCUCGUCAAAAUUGCGAAGACCUUGAGGGAUUAA